CAUCCUUUUGUGAGGCGUGUGAAAAAAAUCAUUUUGCCUCUUUUUUCGUCGGACCCGCCGCCUCCCGCGAGGGCCGCCGCCGUGACCCCGUCGGCCCAGCCGCUGCACGCCUCACCUGCUACCCUCGCACGAGGCGGCGACAGCGAAGGCGUGCAUCCCCUUCUCCUUCCUCCCUUGCGGUCGACAGCGAACCCCCCGCCCCCCGCUCGUCCCUUGCGACCGGCGACGAGGCCGUGCGACUGCCCCCUCUCCUUCAUGGCCUGCGGUUAACGGCGCGAGGGGGGCUUGCUGGCGACGACGAGGGCACGCAGCCACCCACUCUCCUUUGUCACUUGCGAUCGACGACGCGCCGUGCCCCCUUCCUUCUCCUACAACCGACAGCGAGGGCUAUGAGCAGGUCUGCGAGCGACGACGAGGGCUGUGGGGGAAGGGAGGGGACAGGUUUGCGAGCAACGACGGCGAGAGCUGCGGGCGACGGGCCCUUGUGCAAGGGCUGCGAGUGACUGUUCAAGGCGAAGGGAAGAGGUGGGAGGAGCUUGUUUCGAAAUUUUCUAAAGGACGAGCGCUCGGUAGAAGAUUUCGAAAAGUUUUUUUUUCAGAGAAUUCGCCCGUAAUUUAUUUAUUUCGAACUCCCUCUUCUCGUAUCCAUUUCCAUUUCAUGGCCUCCGGCGACGGCGCCUCGCUGUCACCGGUCCGCCACAGCCUCCUCCACCUCCUCCGCAGCUCCUCGAAGCCAUUCCUCGCCGACCGGAACCCUCUGAUCUCUUCCCCGCUGCCCAUGGCCAGGAAGAAGGAGGGGCGUUUCGCGUCGGUGGCGCCUCGGAGGAGGCGUCGCAGGCGUACGUGCCAGCCGCGGCGUCCGCGAGGUCUUAUUCGGACUGGCAGCGUAACCGGCCGCGGGGGAAGGCGAAGCGGAAGGAGGAGAGGCGGAGUCGUGAUGGCGGCGACGUCUGGUGCGCGCCUCGUGUUCCAUUUGCCUCCGAGGCGUCGGUGGACUGUGUUGUAUCGUACCGUCGGUUGGCGGGGAGCGGGCGGCCGGAUGCCGCCGACGGGACUCAUUCAGAGUUUGGAUGCUUUCCUUUGGCUGACGCCACACUUGCCUAUAAGUGGAGUUCACCAGGAACAUACCUCAGCCUUUAUGGAUUCUUCCUUGGAACUCGAUGCACCUUUGUUUGGACAUGAUCUUUCGUCAUCGGGGCAUCUUCACAACUUGCCAAUGUAUCGCCAAACUCCUAGUCGUCUUGAGGAGAUCUUGAUGUUCCAGAGAAGAAUCUCGCUAGGAAGAAUGGACCUGUACGACCAAUACAGAGAUUGGCAACUCGAUGUUGAUAAUAUGUCUUAUGAGGAGCUACUUGAGCUGGGGGAUAGAAUUGGGCACGUGAGCACUGGGCUGAAAGAGGAAGAGAUUAUAGGCAGUCUAAGGAAAGUUAAACACUCAUUUUUUUAUGCUUUAAAAAGAUUCUUCUCGACUGAAAUAGAUGGAAAAUGCAGCAUUUGUCAAGAAGAAUAUGAAGCUAAUGAUGAAAUUGGAGAGCUGGAUUGUGGUCAUAGCUAUCAUGUAUUUUGCAUUAAACAGUGGCUUCUACAGAAAAAUGUUUGUCCUGUUAGCAAGACUUCUGUUCCUAGAACUUAGUGAUGCAGUUUAUUGAGGCAGGUUCCAUCCUUUCUUCAUCUCCUGUACGUAAUUUUCUGCCCUAAGGUAGACAAUGUAUUCAUUCUUUUGUAUUUUAUGUUUAGCUUCUGAUAGAAUUUUGGCAUUUCUAGGUCUCUGAUUCUGGUUAGACAAGCUUCACCUUGUUUCUUAUCAUUGGAUGUUAUAGAAUUACAAUUCAUUGUUUUUUCUUGA